AUGGCACACUUUGGCAGGGCUCCAGGAAGCCGGAGAACGAUUCGUACAUCAGAAGGCACUGUCAGCUUGAAGGUGAUAAACUAUGAGCAGUGGAUUCCACCACGAGUUCACCACGCAAGUGUCGCUGGGAACAGUGAAAUGGGUACAGAACAAGACAAUAAAGCAGAGUCCAUGGGAACACUAAAGAGAUUGCAGAAAUUAGUCCGAACCAAAAAAACGAGUACACAAAGCUUGGAGGAUGUCAAACAUGUUAUGCUACCUCUCAAAGAUGCUUCUCUUUCUGAGGAAGAUGAAGAAGCAUUGACUUCUUGCAUGAAACUGACAAAACCUCAGGAAAAGAAGACCUGGAAGGAUAACACAAGGAGAAAAGAAGAGACUAAGACUAGGGCAGAGUUUGUUUCUGCAUCUCUGGGCCACUCAUACACUUCCAGACUUAAUAACUUAGGAACUAUUUCAAUCUAUUCAGAAACCGAAUUUCACCUGUGGAGUGACUGGAAACCAUUCCCUGAUAACCAGCUCUGUCCUUGUGACUUCUUGAUUUCAAAAAUAGAAGAAUGGGAAAACUGUACUUGCUCAUCUCAUGAGCCACAUCUUACAUAUUCUCUAACGGAUAUGGAUCUACAGUACUCCUGGCGCACAAGCAGCUUUGGAAGCUUUGACCGUUUCAGACAUCACUCGAUCUCAAAGACAGAUGACUCAGCUGAGAUAUCUGAGUUGGAGACUAUAAGUGACAUUGGAGAUGCAGUGCAAACUAAAGCAGUAAAUAAUGGAGGAAGUUUGGGUAAGAAGAUGAGAGCCAUUUCCCUUACCAUGAAGAAAAAGAUGGGUAAAAAGUACAUCAAAGCACUCUCCGAGGAGAUGAAUGAAGAAGAAAAAGAUGACAGUGAUCCUGGUGGUGGAAUACACGUUGAGAAGGUCUCUCUAAAAGCCAGUGACUCUAUGGAAAGUCUCUAUAGUCUGAACAGUGGCCAAAGCUCAUCUAGUGGGGUAACCAGCUGCUCAGAUGGAAUGAGCAACAGGGAUAGCCUCCGGUUUGACGAUGAAGUCCCUUACAGUGGGCCCUUCUGUGGUCGAGCCAAAGUUCACACUGACUUCACGCCAAGUCCAUAUGACACCGACUCUCUGAAAAUCAAGAAAGGAGACAUUAUCGAUAUCAUCUGUAAAACCCCUAUGGGCAUAUGGACAGGCAUGCUGAACAACAAAGUAGGAAACUUCAAGUUCAUUUAUGUGGAUAUUAUCUUGGAAGAGGAAGCUGCACCCAGAAAGAUAAAGCCACACAGAGGAAGCAAAAGGACCAAACCUAAAACGUUGCAAGAGCUCCUGGAGUGCAUCCACCUGCAGGAAUACGCCUCAACCCUUUUGCUAAAUGGCUAUGAAACGUUGGAGGACUUAAAGGACCUACAGGAAAGCCACCUGAUUGAAUUAAAUAUUUCAAACCCAGAAGACAGGGCAAGACUUUUAUCAGCAAUUGAAAAUUUGCAGGACUAUGAGGUUGAACAACAGCAGAAAAGUGAGGAUGGUCAGGAGAUGCAGAACUUAAGCCCUCACCACACCUUUGACAAAUCACAGUUAAAUGACUGCCCAAGAGAUUCUGGCUGUUACAUCUCAUCAGAAAAUUCAGAUAAUGGUAAAGAAGAAGUAGACCCAGAAACACUGUCUGACAUGGUACAGUCAGUAUCAAUCGCUGAGUUAAACUGA